AUGAGCGCAACCUAUGAGCUGAGCAUCGGAAACGAUGGCCACCUCAUUGACAUCGCUCCAAGUCCAACCACCGGCAUCAAUCAGAGCGGCGGCGGCGGCGGCGGCGAGAUCCACACGGAAUGGCUGCGGGAGCUGACGUCGGCGUCACGGAGCGCCGCCGUCCUGAACGACCUCAUCGGCCGAACGCCGACGCUGUGGUACCUCGGCGAGCGCGCGCCCACCAUCCUCCGGCCGCGCUCCCGGCGCGCCGACCUGAAGGCGCUACACGCGGUGCGCGCGGUGGCCAUCGGCCCGUACCACCGCGGCGACCGUGGCCUCGCCUUCGACGACGAGGCCAAGCUGCCGUUCCUGCGGUACCUGCAGGACCAGUGCGGGCUCGACGUCGAGCAGUACGUCGCGGCGCUCGGGGCGGCGCGCGGCUGCUUCCGCGAUGAGUUCGCCGACGACGCCGACGCGGUCGGCGCGGAUUGGCUCCGGGACGAGGACAAGUUCGUGAAGAUGCUCCUCCUGGACAGCAGCUUCGUGCUCGUCUUCAGCCUCAUGUUCGGCAAGGCCGGCCGCUCGGAGGUCACCAGGGAGCGAUUCAUACUGUACACGGCCUUGGCGCAGUACGCCGACGAGAUCAAGCUCGACCUGCUCGUGCUGGAGAACCAGACCCCCUUCGCCGUCGUCAAGCUGCUCGCCGCCUCGUGCCGCGGCCUGAAGCUCCUCUCCGUCGAGGAGCUGGUGCUCGGCUGCGUCGACGGCAUCUGCCCGACCAGGGCGCGCGGCAAGGCCGAGUUGUUGCUCAAGAGACUACCACAAUUGAGGAGUUAG